GUAGUGACUGUCUGUGCGUCUCUCUCCCUCCUCUGCUGCUGUCUCGCUCUGUCUUCCUAUGUCGGACUGUUCCCCUCUUCUUCCUGCGCUGGUCUGUGCUGUCCGCCGGGCGGUUGCCGGUUGUGGAUGUUCGCAGCUUGUUGUGACAGGAGAAUGUGUGUGUGUCCCGGGCCCAGGCGGAUCGGUUUCUCGGGAAGAAGUUGCUCUCCAUCCUUACUCCUUGAUGCAAUGUCUGUUCCUACACAGCUUCUCUUUCCUCUCAUAAGGAGUUGCGAGCUGGGCCGGAUCUGCAGGUCUGUGUGUUACUGUCACCACAAACCUCUGUGCUGUAGGUCCCGCUAUCCAUCUCUGAAUCCCCUCCGAUGUGGAGCAGAUGGGAAGCUUUCUUCAGCCUUCCGACGACCCUGGGAGCAAUGUUUUCAGCUGCGACAGUAUGUGACCACUCCACAACGGUUUUACUUAACGCCUCCCCAGGUCAACAGCAUCUUGAAAGCCAAUGAGUACAGUUUCAAAGUUCCUGAGUUUGAUGGUAAGAAUAUCAGUUCAAUCCUUGGGUUUGACAGCAAUCAGCUGCCUGCAAAUGCCCCAAUUGAAGACAGAAGAAGCGCGGCUACCUGCUUACAGACCCGAGGCAUGCUCCUAGGGGUUUUUGAUGGCCAUGCUGGUUGUGCCUGUGCUCAAGCUGUUAGUGAAAGACUCUUCUAUUAUAUCGCUGUUUCAUUGCUACCUCAUGAGACUCUACUGGAGAUUGAACAUGCCGUAGAAAGCGGGAGAGCUCUGCUACCCAUUUUGCAGUGGCACAAGCAUCCGAAUGACUACUUCAGUAAGGAGGCUUCCAAACUGUACUUCAACAGUUUACGGACCUACUGGCAGGAGCUUAUUGAUCUCAACACAGGGGAGACGACCGAUGUCAAGGAGGCUUUGAUCAAUUCCUUUAAGAGACUUGACAAUGACCUAUCUUUGGAAGCCCAAGUCGGAGAUCCUAACUCUUUUCUGAACUAUUGGGUCUUACGAGUGGCCUUUUCAGGGGCUACUGCCUGUGUGGCCCACGUGGAUGGCAUGGACUUGCAUGUUGCCAACACAGGAGAUAGUCGUGCCUUGCUCGGAGUCCAGGAAGAAGAUGGAUCUUGGUCUGCAGUCACCAUGUCCCAUGAUCAUAACGCUCAAAAUGAGUCCGAAAUUCAAAGGCUUAAAUCGGAACAUCCAAAGGAAGAGAAGAGCGUGGUCAAGCAAGACCGCCUCCUUGGGUUGCUGAUGCCCUUCAGAGCUUUUGGCGAUGUGAAGUUCAAGUGGAGCAUCGACCUUCAGAAACGCGUCGUUGAGUCGGGACCCGAUCAGCUGAAUGACAAUGAAUACACUAAAUUCAUCCCCCCCAAUUAUCACACCCCACCCUACUUAUCUGCGGAGCCGGAAGUGAUCUACCAUAGAUUAAGACCUAAAGAUAAGUUCCUCAUAUUGGCCACAGACGGCCUUUGGGAAUCCAUGCAUAGACAGGACGUGGUGAAAAUUGUUGGAGAGUAUCUGACCGGCGUCCACCAUCAGCAGCCCAUAGCAGUGGGUGGUUAUAAAGUUACACUGGGACAGAUGCAGGGUCUUCUCAUGGAAAGAAGGGCCAGGAUUUCUUCCGCUUUUGAAGAUCAAAAUGCAGCCACCCAUCUUAUAAGGCACGCCGUGGGCAAUAAUGAAUUUGGCGCUGUCGACCACGAGCGGCUUUCAAAGAUGCUUAGUCUUCCAGAAGAACUGGCACGGAUGUACAGAGAUGACAUCACAAUCAUAGUUGUGCAGUUUAACUCUCACGUGGUUGGAGCCUACCAGUAAAACGCUAUGCUCUAAACCAGUUUACCGAAGUUAUCAAGGCUCCAAUGUUUCACUGACCUUUUUGCAUCGUUUACUUUUUAUUGAGUGGCAUCAAAUUACUUACUUAGUGCUGUAACUUUUUAUUUUACUUUUCUCUGUAUGAGAAUAUUGCAUGGCAGACAAUAGGUUCUGAUUUGGUAGUCUCGCUUGAUCCCCUUCAGUUUACUAUGGGGAUACUGAAGCUGUUAUAGACUGUUAGGUUUGUAGUUGCCUGCUAAGCAUAUGGGGGAUCCCGUAUAAAGAGGGUUAAUCAUCUAGAGAUCUUCCUUCCAUUUCCUCAGCACCAGUAAAGGGGGUUAUCCAAUAUAGUGCAACAGCCCCUCAUGUGCCAGGCCCCUCAGAGGGAAUAUACUUACCCCGGGCCGCUCCUGGUCCCCGCACCGCUGCUUCUCCCGGCGGGAGGGGGGUGUUAAGAAACCAGCCAAUGGCAGGCAGGGACGAGGCCCACUGUGCAAGGGGAGUCUGUUCCCCACCUGCCCUUGGCUCCCCCCCCCCCCCCCCCCACCAGAUGUUUUGAUCUGUGUACAGGGAGAAGCAGUGGUGUGGGGACCAGGAGCAGCCCGGGGUAAGUAUAUUCCCUAUGGGGGGGCUGUUGUAUGAUAUUGGAUAACCCCUUUAAGCUGACCAUUCACAUUGGAUGUAUGUCUUCCAAACCUGCUGAUCAUGUAAUGUGUUUCUGCCUCCUGCCAGAUGUUGGGGGGGGGGGGGGGGGGGGGGGGAAGAAGGGUCUGCAUGAUGGAUUUUGUUGUAGGGAGAUAAGCCGCCACAACAUAUGUAUUCCCCGGUCUCUAUUGAGAACAUAUGCACACUCGGCCAGGCUUAGGAUGCAUGCUUAUGGGGUAGUCGAGAGAGCGAUUUUAUGGCUAAACGAGAGCUUGCCAGACAGCUAUGUAAUGUGUGUAGCCAGCCUUAAAGGGGUAUUCCCAUCUCAGAAAGUGAGAGCAUAUCACUAGGAUAUGCCCCCAUUAUCUGAUAGGUGCAGGUCCCAAAGGUUGGACCUGCACCUAUCUCUAAAACGAAGCCAGCAAAGUGGUGGCCUGCAAUGCAGAGUCUGGCCACCACCAGUCGUUCCUAUAGGCCCGCCGAAAAAAGUUGAGCAUCGCGCUCUGCUUUUUUCAGAAUCCCCAUAGAAAUGAAUGGGAGCACACCACACUUGUGCGGUCACACCUUCCGUUCACUUCUAAGGGGCCCACAAAAAUGGCCAAGCUUGGCUAUUUUCGGCGGCCCCAUAGAAAUGAAUGGAGGCAGUUGCACAUUCACGUCACUGGCUGGGUUUACGAGAUACAUGUGGGUCCCAGAGGUGGCGGUAUGCCCCUAUUGUCUGAGAUGGGGAAAAUCUCUUUAAGAACCGUUCCUGUGACUGAAAGACUAUGGACACCUUCAGGGCAAUUUUGUAUGAUUUGCAUUUUACUCAUUUUGGUCUAAAAAUAUUUUUUUAUUGUGUGUGUUCCCAUCAUCUGACAGCUCAUGUGAGGCCUUAUCUCUGAUCUUCUCUCCUCAUAACCACUCAUUAUAGCAAUAAUAAUAAAGGCUGAUAAUAAAAUUGCUUUAAGGUCAAGAUGUCAGAGAUAAAGCUUCAUAUGAGCUGUCAGCACUGAGAAGAGAUAAUGCAAACAGACAUUUUAACCCUUGAUAUCAAAAAUAAAUGAACAUUUUUAAUAAAGGUUAAGUGGAAAAAUUAUUCGGCUCAAAAUGAGUCAAAUUCAGUCAUAAAUAAUUGCCCUGAAAGUGUCCAUAGCUUUUAAUAAACCAGUACAAUCGGCUCUAAGGGUCCAAUCACACGACUGUAAUGAAGACUGCACAGUACCGUGUGGUCGCUAAUCAUUAGUUUAAUUGGAGCCCGCUGCUGCCUGUAUGGCUGUGUGGUGCCCGACUACAGCGAUGCCCCAACACGACUGAGCCGUGUGGUCGUACCCUAUGACAAGCUCCUGCUUACCGGCCUUGGACUGGGGACUUGCCCCAUAGAUGUUACUUAUAUAGUACACUAGCAGAAGGACCCGGCUUCACACGGGUAUAUUUCAUUUAAUGUUUGUGUUGUUAAAAGAUAUUGACAGUAUCCACUAUAACAGUGACAUCUACAGUGCCCCGCCACUUUAAAAUGGGACCUCCACAGUACCCCACUCUCGACGGUGACCUCCACAGCAGUUGCCCUUUUACUAGUGGCCCCUGCCCCCUUAACAGUAACAUCCCCAGUGGACGCCUCUUUGGGGCUAGGGUUACAUGACGACAUGUGUCCCGCAACAAUUUUAAUAAUGAUGGGCAGUCGCAGCAUGUCACGUAUCGCAGUGCAACACCAUAGACUAGACUAUCAUUAUAAAAAUUGUUGCGCUACAUUGGUGUGACAUCAAUGCCGCGCGACACAUGUAGUUGUGUCCUAUGUGUUGUGUGACUUAUUGUCGUAGUGUAGCCCUAGCCUAAAGCUGACCUACAGCAGUGAAGAAUAAUGGCUGGGUUGUUAUGGAAACCUGGAGUAAAACUGUGUGUAUGUGGAGACUAAGGGCAUGCGAGCGUCUAUUGGC